AUGGACGGCAUGAACUACGAGCCGAUGAUGACGGAUGAGGAUGCGGAGCAGCCUCGUGUGACGAUUUUGGCGGUAGGAAAAGCUCGAGUGAAAGCUGCCGAUAGCACAAAAGUCGAGUUUGUCCUGGCGAAGACGAGCCUCGCCUUUGCCAACUCCCUGCGUCGCGUCAUCCAGGCCGAGGUACCCACAGUGGCCAUUGAGCUGGUCGAGAUUGAAGUCAAUACGUCGGUGCUAGCCGACGAGUUCAUCGCGCACCGACUGGGCCUGAUCCCGCUCGACUCCAAGGACGUCGACGAGCUCAACUACUCGCGCGACUGCGACUGCGACCACUACUGUGAGCAGUGCAGCAUCACGCUCACGCUUCACGCCAAGUGUACCACGGACGAGAACAUGAAGGUCUACGCGCGCGACCUCAUCGUCGACGGUCGCCACGCCACGUCCAUUGGCACCCCCGUCAUCAACGACCCCGACGGCGUCGGCUGCCUGCUCGCCAAGCUGCGCAGGGACCAGGAGCUGCGGCUCAAGUGCGUCGCGAAAAAGGGCAUCGCUAAGGAGCAUGCCAAGUGGAUGCCCACGUCGGCCGUGGGUUUCGAGUACGACCCGCACAAUAAGCUGCACCACCUGGACAUGUGGUUCGAGAACAAUACCGAUCCCGACAAGGAAUGGCCAAAGAGUAAAUACGCGGGGUGGGAGCCGGAGAACAAGGGUGAGCCGUUCAACUACGACGCCGUACCGGAAAACUUCUUCUUCGACGUCGAGACCUCGGGCAGUAUGGAGCCCGACCAGAUUGUGCAGAGCGGCAUCCGCGUGCUGCAGCAAAAGAUUGGAGGCCUGCUGAAGAGCCUCGAUCCGCGCAAGUACGGCGGCGAGGAGGCAGGCGGCGGCGGUGGUGGCGACUUUGACGGACCUCGUAGCCCGGACAUGAACUUGGAGGGCGGCACCACACCCUGGCAGGACGGCGGCUACACGACGCCGUACGGAGGGGGCAACACGACGGCCUAUGGCGGCGGCGGCGGUGGUGGUGGCGGCAACACGGCUUACGGCGGUGGUGCGGGAUACGGUACCACACCGUACGGCGGGUCGAGUUGGCAAUAG